GAUUGGGUCAGGCACUUGCGAGGACAGCUACUGAGGGCCGUCCCAGAGGCCCCCGCGCCGCCGGGGUCCUAACAAGCCGCACCGUCUUCCGCUGCACGUGCCUGCGGAGAGAUGCCCAAGUCCAAGCGCGACAAGAAAGUUUCCUUAACCAAAACUGCUAAGAAAGGCUUGGAACUGAAACAGAACCUGAUAGAAGAGCUUCGGAAAUGUGUGGACACGUACAGGUACCUGUUCAUCUUCUCCGUGGCCAACAUGAGGAACAGCAAGUUGAAGGACAUCCGGAACGCCUGGAAGCACAGCCGGAUGUUCUUUGGCAAAAACAAAGUGAUGAUGGUGGCCUUAGGUCGAAGCCCAGCUGAUGAGUACAAAGACAACCUACAUCAGGUCAGCAAGAAGUUGAGGGGUGAAGUUGGUCUCCUUUUCACCAAUCGCACCAAGGAGGAAGUGAAUGAGUGGUUCACGAAAUUUGCGGAAAUGGACUAUGCCCGAGCUGGAAACAAAGCGACGUUCACCGUGAACCUGGACCCGGGGCCCCUGGAGCAGUUCCCGCACUCCAUGGAGCCACAGCUGAGGCAGCUCGGCCUGCCCACCGCCCUCAAGAAGGGUGUGGUGACCCUGCUGUCCGACUAUGAGGUGUGCAAGGAGGGCGACGUGCUGACCCCAGAGCAGGCCCGUGUCCUGAAGCUUUUCGGGUAUGAGAUGGCUGAAUUCAAGGUGACCAUCAAAUACAUGUGGGAUGCACAGUCCGGAAGGUUCCAACAGAUGGGAGAUGACUUGCCAGAGAGCGCGUCCGAGUCGGCAGAAGAAUCAGAGGAAGAUGACGACUGCUGACGGGCACGUGGGACUGGGGGCCUCCCGGCCGCGCCAGGUGUCACCUUGACCACACUGGACUGGCGCCACUCCUCUUGGGGGAGCAGCUGUUUGUUUUGCUGUGAUGAAGACGAGAGGGCGAUAGGGACAGACUGUUUCCCUACAAAGAGUAACCGUCUGCAGGGUGUCUCCCUGUAGAUGGCAAAGGAACUUUUCUCAGAAAAACAGGCCUUGGGUUUGGACUUUUGUUCGGAUUCCUAGGGUUCCUUUCGUUCACCACCUGAGUCAGCUUCCAGCACUAGUUCCUGCGAGACUUCUGGGCACAGGAGAGCAGCCUCGGGGCUUCUCUUCCCUGGCCCUCAGUGCCCUUGCCUGAAAUGGGUUCGCUGAGAAAAUGGGGCACCUUGGCCCUGACUGGCAUGGCUCGGUCAGUUGAGCAUCGGCCCAUGCACCGAGAGGUUGCUGGUUCCAUUCCCAGUCAGGGCACAUGCCCAGGUCGUCGGCUCAGUCCCCAGUAGGGGGCAGGCAAGAGGCAGCUGAUCUGUUUCUCAUUGAUGUUUCUCUCCAUGCCCCUUCCUCUAAAAUCAAUAAAAACGUUUUAUAAAAAGAAAAGCAGGCAGGCACCUUGGCCGCUCUUCCUACCCCUACACACACUCCCAAACCAGAGCUGACGAGCUUCUGGAGGACCCGAUGACAGGCUUUAGCUAGGACCAGAGUAAAGCCCCUGGGGAAAUCGAGAGUUAAUGUCCCACAGCUCCCUGGGAGGCCUUCUUGGUGGUGACUCUGACGAUAGGGUUUUGCCCAAAUUGUUCUAUUUGUAAAUGACGCCGUGAGGCCAUUUCUGAAUGAGAGAAAACCUACCUCAGGUUCAGUGGCCAUUUAUGGUGUGUGGAAGGGCCACCUCCAGUCCCUCCUGAGAGAGGUCAGGCUAAGUCAGCGCAGGAGGCUGGGGAGCCCUUCCCACUGCCUCCGCCUUCAAUGGAGAGUCCCUACUCCUGCGCCCUUCUCCCCAGCCCUUGGGAAGACAGGAAGGGCCGCUGGCAGCGGAAGAAACAAGCUCACGGGUUUGUUCCGGGCCUGGGCUACCCGUCAAGUGCCUGCUUUAUUCCGAUAGGAAACGCUGGAGCAACUCACGGCCCCAGCCUUUACACUUUGUGAAGGCAACUGGGAGGAAUCCAAGAAAAUAGACAUUUGUGAACAGAUG